AUGGAAGACGAGCUAGUUCGACGCUUGGAGCAUCUCCGCCCGGUCGAAGUGCGCUUGGAUGAGUUCAAAAUAUUAAGCACUGUUGGAAAAGGAGCUACUUGCGAAGUAUAUCAAGCUCAUCAUUUGGCAACUGGUGCUGUUUGCGCAGUUAAAAAGUUCCUUUCCGAAACUUUUACAGCAGCAGAAAUCCAUAACUUUUAUCGCGAAAUCAAAAUUCUUUCUAGAGCGCGAAAUUAUUUCUUAAUUCCAUUCUAUGGCAUUUCUUUUUCAUCACCAUACAUAAUAGCAAUGAAAUAUAUCAAACGAGGUUCAUUACAUUCAGCGAUUUUCCAUAAAGAAGGUGCUCCUCAACUUACACCAACAAAUAAGACAAUUAUUGCCUUUUGCAUUGCAUCAGGAAUGCAAUACUUACACGAACAUGAUGUAAUUCACAGAGAUCUCAAAUCGUUAAACGUAUUACUUGAUGGCAAGCUUUAUCCUCAUAUUUGCGACUUCGGAAUUUCAAGAGUGAAAUCGGACAGCGAUCAAUUAAUGACGAAAAUGAUUGGUACUCCUCACUGGAUGGCUCCAGAAGUCUUCAGUUCCAAUGAUUACACGAAUAAAGUUGAUAUUUAUUCCUUUGCAAUCUUACUAUGGGAAUUAAUCAGCGAAGAAAGACCGUAUAAAGGAUAUUCUGCACCACAGCUUAUUGCAGCUGUAUGCACAAAGAAUGAAAGACCACCAAUCCCCAAGAAAUGUACAACAAAACUCAAGAAUUUGUUGACUCAAUGUUGGCAUAAAAAUCCAAAGUUGCGGCCAACGUUCGCCGAUAUCAUGGAUACAAUCAGAAAUGGAAAGGCAUAUUUCCCAGAUACAGAUGAAAGUCAAAUGGAAGAAUUUUUCAAAUUAUAUGAUUCAGAUUAUUUCCAAAAGAAAGGAAGAAUGCCAAGUCCAUUCCUUAAGAAGCAAUUAAAGAGUGCAAAUACAGAAUCUCAGAUCCAGAAAGUUAAAAAACCAGAAGAUAAAAACAAUUUUGACGAAGAAGUCAUGGAAAUGCCUUCUUUCUCCAUUUCCGAGGACUAUAAUGUAAGAGGUAAAAGGAAGAAACUCACAAAGAGAGCACAAUCACACAUGUCCAUUGAAAAUGAUUCAAAUUUACAAGCCGACGACGAUGAAUCCGGUUCUUUCUUCAAAAACGCCUCUGAAACACCAUUGAGUUUCCAAAUGGUCCCUCCAUCUGAUUUCACAGAUGCACAGUUGGGCGAGUCAGUCAUUGAACAGAAACAAGAACCAACAGUUAAAAUAAACAAAAUCAGUACAUUUGAGUUACCAGAAGAAAGAAAUGACAAAGAAAUUGAGAGGAUUGUUUCAAUAUGUACAGUUAAGAAGACAAAUUCAAUGACAGCAAUGUCCACAUCUUUAAUUCUUCCUCAAUUCGAUAACAUGGAUGGUUUGAAGCCACUCGAAUCAGAAAUCCCAGAAUCACCAUUUGAAGAACAGAUUAAACCAUCAUUUGAAUUGGAAGAUCCUUUGAACUACACUUAUCCUGAAAGAGAAAUACCAAAACCAUCAGUUUUCAUGCAACCACAGCCACCUAAAUAUGAUGAAAACGGUAAGCUUGUCAACGUAUUCCUUGAGAUGGAAAAUGUUCAAUCUCCAUUCAGUAGAAGCACUUUUGGAUCAACAAAUGUUGAUAAUUUACUUGAUUAUAAAUCACCUCACUUUGAAACAUUAUUCAACAAAACAAUGUGGAAGCUGAACAAGGCAAACUGCAAAGAUUUCUUUUCUAUUGCAUCUCUUUUGUUUUCUCCCCCAAUUCCUCUUUAUAUUUGCAAAUUCACAUUAGAUUCUGUUUUGAAAUUGGUUGAACAAAAUCAAAACGCUUGGAAACCAUUUUCAAAAAGUGACGCUCCAGAAAAUCUUCCACUCCACACACCAUGCUUAUUCGAUUUGUCUGCAAGAUUACUAUUAUACGCUAUUCCAAUGAAUCCUAAUUUGAUGACAGUUGAAAAAGCAAAGACAAUUCUUUCAAUGUCAAAAUACAAAAUCAAUCAGGUUUUAAGAAUUUUCUCUGUUUACGUGUCAAAUUUGGUUUACAUGGAUGAUCCAAUUCCUAUACUUGAGACAUUCCUUGAUAUUAGCUUGCAUCUUAUCAAACUUGGAGGUGGUUUGAAAUUGGUCAGAAUUUUAUAUUAUCUUUUGAAAAACAGUUCAAAACAAAUCAUUGAAAAGUUUACUGACAAAAUCACGAAAAUUUUCGGACAUUUGAUGUUCACCAAUGACUUACUUCUUGUUGCGAAUGUCUACAGCUGCUUGAUUGACUUGAAAUUGGCAAUCGAUAUUCCAACAGAAUUAUUAUUAGUAAAUUUGAAAUUCCAUGAUAUCAGAAAAUACGUUAUUAUGUAUUUGACAGCCACAGAAUCGAUUUACAAGGUCGAAAAAGAAGUCAUUAUACAGAUCAUUGACUAUUGCGCGAAGGAUGAAAUUGCUGCUUUGCUUUUGGCCAAGAUUUCAUCAAAUCCUACUCUUUCUCAAGUUGUUUGCCAAAAAUGCAUUUGGUUGUCAGAAAAUUUCAGUCCUAAUCUUGAGAACUCGUUGAGAAUCUUUUGUGUAAACUUCACUCGCCAAGAGAACAGGCUCAAGAUGAUAAAUUCCAAUUAUUUCACUGAAUUUAUGAAGAGACUGGUCACAUCUCCUGAUGAGAAAUAUCUCAAGUUUGUCAAUUCACUUAUCAAUAGAUCAUUUGAUUUGAUUGGCGAUGAACUGAUGCCAAGACUCCACAAAGACAAAGUUAUGGAGAAAUGGAUUUCUGCUUGCUACGCAUCUAAGAAUGAAGACAUUGUUUAUUGCUUCUUAAAAAUUUCAAGACAAGUAUUGUCAAAUGACAUUUAUUACGAAGAAUAUGAUGAUUUCAUCAAGAAUAUUAGUUACUACUUUGAUGCAGAAGGGAAAUACGUAGAGCCUGUUAUAGAUCUUCUUUUUGUGAUGUCGGGUAAUAUCAAAUACCUUCAAUUGCUCAAAACAAUUGACUUGAACAAGGUCUUUGAUAUGUCUUUUAUUCCAGACAAAUCAAGACAAUCACGUGAUACUAUUCUUGAAAGAAUUUCUUGUUAA